UUACUUAGACAGACUUGAGACCCAAAAAACGCUUGGUUCCCAAAGGCCAUCGACUCUCAUCACCAACUUCUGCCUCCACGAAACUGAGUGCCGAGAAAAUCACAAGACGAAAAAAGCUAGACAGCUCCGGUAGCCAGCUACCUCACCUACCACAGCAACAACAAGAGCUGGCAAGCCCACUGGCACGACACUCGCUUCGCCGAUAGUGUAUGUCACUGUCGACUUUGUGAGUAGGAGUAUCAAGGCACUGGAGGCAGAGCAGAGGGUAUCUGAGUGGUGCAAGCAACAAGUGGUACCAGAACCUUCAAGCACCAGGCAGAUCAGCUGAGGAUCACCGCAAGUGGCGAAGAGUAAAGACAACCAUCGGCAUCACGACGUUGGUGGCAGAGAGGAGCUUCUAUCUAGCUACCUACCUACCUUUUACUCCAAUAUCCUUGUUCGAUUGCAAUUAGGUCUUCCGAUAGAUUCUUCCAUCUUGCUUUCAGUUAUCAACCUGAAUUUGCCGUUUCCUACCAGAAAAUCGCCAGCGAACACCAUGUCCUUCUUUACCAGAUUUACCAAGGAAGCCUCCAAUGCUUUCCACGAUAUGUACGGCAAUGUCUGCCUGGGUGACGAUGCGGGAAAAUCAGCACGGUUAACCCUGGUGCUGAAACCCCACGCCAAUCCAACCAGCUCGAAGGCUGCCAAACUGAACCUGGGUAUGACGUUCCUAGAGGUGAAUGGCCGUGCGUAUGUACAGAGUGUGAUUCCGGGUUCACAAGCAGCCAGAGCAGGGGUUAUGCCACAAGAUGCUAUUCAAUUUGCAACCGUAUUUAAAGAAGAAUGGGUGCAAGAAGAGCACGAUCAGCAAAGUCUAAGUGAGGAAAGUCUCCUUGAUGCCACCGAAUUGGCUACCCAACACGCACUUCAAGCAGAAGCCAGUGGCGUACGGAUAACAUACGAUGGACUUCGAAAAGUACUUGCCGAAGCCAUUGAUCCUACACAAUCUGCAUUCGUAUCACCACCCACACACAAGGAUAAGACACCGUGGCAUCACGGCCCUCCGAUACCCUCCACGGUCAAUAUAUGUGUACCGCAAUCAGACGCAGAUGGCUUUGUGUACAAUGAUAGCAAUCGACCUUCGUCUCCCUUUCGAGUAGACUUGCCAAGACCUGUCAUCUUUGUCUUUCGAAGAACUCGACAACGGAAAUCUCUGCAUCACAUGGGAAUGUUACUGCCUGGAUUCCGGUUGGAUGACGAAUGCGACUUUGCAUCGUCACUGGUCAAACGGUUAGCACCGACAGCAGAUAUGGAAACACCAAUACCAGAUACUUGGGAAGAACUAGUACACGAUGGAACGGAUUGGUUGUUGGGCAGUGGAAGUAUGCUACCACCCAAAAUGAAAGCAUUGCAGGCGAACGGUCCUAUUCGAGAGGAAGGAGAACAUUCUAUACCUUUGGACUCGUUCGAACGCGAACGGGCUACCAAAUUGGCCGACCUACGGUCCAAAAUGGCCGCGGAAGCCAUGCAAGUAGACCGAACGGAUGAUGUGGAGGCUGCCACUAUUCGAGGAAUGAUUCAAAAGGCGGUGGGACUGGCAUUCGUUAGAGCUUCGAAAGUCGUCUUGGGAGUCUCGGUUCAUGGUGGAUCUGGUAUUGUCAUUUCAAGACUUUCGGAUGGCACUUGGUCUGCUCCUUCUGCAAUUGGCACUUGGGGGUUGGGAUUGGGAUUGCAAUUUGGCUUGGAAGUUGCCGAGUACAUCUUUAUCCUUCAGACUCAGGACUCUCUAGAUCAUUUUCGAAGUGGUGGUUCCUUUACUAUAGGUGGAAACAUCGGGGCAGCAGUGGCUGGGAUGGGACGAGAGGCUUAUGGAGCAGCGAGUGCCGGUGGUGGCUGCGGCGGCGGUGAAGUUAUCAAAGAUGACGAAUACAACGACAAUGACAGCAAUGAACAUGAGAAAAAAUCCAAUGUCGGAAUUGCUCCGAUUGUGGCCUACGCCAAGAGUCAAGGACUCUACAUUGGAGUGUCUCUGGAAGGAUCUCGGAUAUUUGCUCGCAACGAUAUCAACAGCCGGACAUAUAAGUUCACCUGCGGACGCGACGUUUCCGCGUACGACGUCUUGAGCGGCAAAGUCCCCACACCACCGGAAGCAGAAGACUUGUAUGCAGCACUGCAUAGCGUCGAAUUCACCCAUGAAAUGUCAUGUCUGCCGCGUCCACCUGAGGUGCUUCGCAAAGACUCACCCAACGCAUGGUUCUACGAUCGGUCAACUCUUGGUGAUGGGGCACCAAUCAAACAGGACCCGUUCAACUUCUUGUCAACUCUGAGUAAAAAGAAUGCCGAAGCAUGCGAGACAUUCGAGACUCAGUUCAAAAAGUUUAUGUAUGGUGGUGUAUCUGUUCAACGUCUCCUCCCCAACACGGAGUCUCGCACCGGUAGGACGUGUCGGGAAAGACGCACGAUGUGGUUAAUGUUGCCAGAAGUUGGAUCAUUGAGGCUUGGCUUUGUGUCCAAGCUGAGUGACGGCGAAAGUUGCGUGUCCAACAAAAGUAGCACCAUGAGAGCAAGACAAAACGACUCGAACAGGCAUUCCAUGACGGAAGGCGAUCUAGUGACUGUUGAAUCGGAAGAAGUAACACUGGACUCGGCACUCUAUACAGAUAAGGAUGGCGCAUCCACCAUUGGACAAAUCCGAACCGGCAAUGUGCAACUUUCUCAGAAGCAUUCAGUGGCGCUGACUGAUCUGACGCUUCUCUCCCAUGAUCCCUUAGUACCCAUCAAAUUCAACCCAGACGAUCAGACGGAACACUUGCGCGUUAUAUCUCUGCAAGAUGUCUCUGGUACAUCUCUGCUUUUCCUAGCCAACAACUUUCGCGAGGCGGAACUCCUGAUGUGUGGCUUGAAGCUUCUCUUGGAACGAGAAACUGCGCGUCUUGGUGUUCGAGGUGGACUGCCGAUCUCUGCCUUGGGUGGACGAGUGCUGGACGGCGCCAUGUCUCCAACUGCGGCUAGGGGCUUCCGCGAUACUCCGUCGUCGUCAACCACCUCCGGGGGACGACGGAGAAAAGGCAGUAGGCAAAUGUCUGGCUAUGCUUCGUCCGAGGUCGAAGAGUUUGACGAUAGCGGCGGUGAAGAAGGGUCCCAGAAUCCUUCGAAAUACCUCCCGGAAGGACGAAAAAGCUGGGGACGGGUGCCGGGACGAAGCUACAUGCGUGGUCAAGCGGCGGCAAUGAAGGGUAGCCAGAAAAGUGGCACGAAUGAAUCUGGAGUUCCGCAGUAUGUUCAUGGGCAACUCUUGGUGCGAGAUGUCGCCAAGAAAGUGCGUUUGCCACUGCCUCUUCCGUUGUGUCGAGUUCUUCUUUUGGACUCUACUUCUCCGGUAAUUGCGAGAUGGGAAAAGGAUCGUGGCGAUAUGAAUUUUGACCACACCCUGUGGACUUUUCCACCAGCUACACCUCGUGAACUUGAGCGGCAUGCUUCGGAGCACUCUUUGAUUGCAACUGGCAGCAUGUGUGGCGCCCAUCGGACGUCAGCCUUUGAUCGAAUGCGAAACGGUUCUUGGGUACGCUUGUCAGAAACACAGAUUGUCGAUGCAGAUGACUCUGAAAAGUUGGCUAUCACCGUUUCAGAGCGGAUGCCACGACGAGGAUUCUCCAUCAAGAUUAGGAUUCUGUUGCGUGCGAUCAAGGACAAUGCAUGUGAAGCGACAGUCUUUGCAGAGAUUCGACCAGUGGGCAAGGAUAUGUCAAAUCAAGCGGCAGUUCACAGGGCAUUUCUUCUCGUAUUCAACGAGAUUGCUUCAAGGUACGGCGAGGAAGCUGGGGGUCUAAUGGCAGGGUUCUUGAGUGUCAUUGACACUAUGGGGAACGAUGGGAAACCAACCAUGGACGGGGCAGAGAAAGGCCGUCACUUUUCCAACAACUCUUCUUCUGGCUCGGAAGAGAAGAAGUCCGACACUCCUACUUCCAAGCAAUCGCGAAAAUCCAACAGCAAAAAUUCUGGAUUGGUCUCCUUUGAGGAUAUGCUGAAGACCGGACGGACGAGUCCAGAACUUAUCAACACAGAGCGUCCAUCAACUCCUAGUCUUCAAAGGGAGAUACCAGAGCCCGACCAAUCCAAACGGCUUGCAGCCAAAUCCAAACCAGCGCCCCAUGCCAACGAAUUUGUUCCCGUCCCUGAGCUGGAAGACGAGCUUCUGGCACCGCAAGAACCAGUGCUCAUUGAAGUGAAACCGCUUCCCAAAAUCCGUCUGAGCCUGAUGCCAGCCCCGCGAGAGGAGGACGAGGAAAACGACAGUAGCUCGUUCUCCCCACCUACGCAAAAGUCUCGACGAAGGAAGUCAAGUUCGAAACGAAAGCCGAGUUCCUCCUGGCGCAAGAGUGGUCGCCACAAGAACAAGGCUUAGUGGAAAGAACCAACAUACGGCGUAUGGUAUGCUGAUGUUUUUUGUAUGACACCAACCAAUGGAAUGAAUGGCGCUAUAGAGAAUCCCUGACGAUGCUUAUUAUGAUACUGUGGACACCGUCGCUACACAAGUCCCCCCUACUAGACUUCCGCAGCCCUUUUUUAAAAUAGAUUGUUGAAUGAAGCUUUU